UCAGAGAGAGAGAGAGAGAGAGAGAGAGAGAGAGAUGGACGACGAAGAAGCGAAGCCCGUAACGCUCAAAAUCGUCCAAAUCCUAGACGACGCUCGCGCCUCCAACGCCAUCCACAACCGAAAAUCCAAGGAGCUGCACGCCCUCCGCUCCAAAACGGCGUCGUCUUCUUCUUCCCUCUUCUUCACUUCCUUCUCCAAAACCCUACUCCCGCUCUUCGCCUUCCAGAGACGCACCGCCUUCGCCGAGCGCAUCGUCCGCUUCGUCUCCGCCUUCGCUACCGAUGUCCAAAACGACGCCGCUUUCUUGGACCAAUUCCUCAGGUUCCUCCUCACUGCUUCCUCCGCCGCUAAUCGGACCGCCAGGUUCCGCGCCUGCCAGAUUAUCUCUGAGAUCAUUAUGCAAUUACCAGAUGAUGCAGAAGUUAGCAGUGAACUCUGGGAUGAAGCAAUAGACUGUAUGAUGGUCCGUGCAGGGGACAAGAUCCCUGCCGUUCGUACAGUUGCAGUUAGGGCUCUGUCUCGUUUUGCAGGUGAUUGUGAGAACAGUGAUAUCGUUGAUUUAUUUCUCAGGAUGCUUCCUGUGGAACAAAUUGUGGAGGUUCGAAAGACAAUAGUGCUCUCUCUCCCUCCUUCAAAUGCAACUGCUCAAGCAAUCAUUGAUUGCACAUUAGAUGUCAGUGAAUCUGUGCGAAAAUCAGCGUACUGUGUUUUAGCCAGUAAAUUUCCUCUUCAAAGCCUCAGUAUCAAGCAUAGAGCAUUAAUUCUUCAGAGGGGACUUGCUGAUCGUUCUAUUGCUGUUUCAAAGGAGUGUCUGAAAUUAAUGAAAGAUGAAUGGCUAAAUAAGUGCUCCAAUGGAUAUCCUUUAGUACUUUUCAAGUAUCUUGAUGUGGAAACCUAUGAAAUGGUCGGGGAGUCUGUAGCAAUGGCCUUGCUAAAAGGCGGUGAAAUUAAAGUACCUCAAGGUGAAAGUAUCCGGCAGUACAUAUCGUCUAACAGUGAAAGAGCUGAAGACCCCACUCGUAGCGUACCAAACAUCCAACUGAUGGAAGCGGAGGUUGCAUUUUACUGGAGGAUGAUAUGUAGACACCUGCAGAUGGCAGCACAAGAGAAAGGCUCUGAUGCUGCUUCUACAAUGGGCACUGAAGCUGCAGUAUAUGCUGCAGAAGCUACAGACAACAAUGACCUUCUUGAGAGAAUUUUGCCAGCAACGAUAUCUGAUUAUAUAGAUUUAGUCAAGUCUCACAUUGAUGCAGGUUCCAAUUAUCGUUUUGCAUGUCGACAGCUACUGUUGCUUGGUGCUAUGCUUGAUUUUUCUGAUACUUCAAACAGAAAGGUUGCUAGUGCAUUUGUGCUGGAAUUACUCCAUAAACCUUUCGACCAUGAAGUAGAUGAGUAUGGGAACAUGGUCGUUAUAGGAGAUGGAAUUAAUAUUGGUGGUGAUCGAGAAUGGGCUGAUGCGGUAUAUGGGUUGGCAAGCAAGGUCCAUGCAGCCAGUGGUGAAUUUGAGGACAUUGUUCUUAAGGUUGUAGAGGAGCUAAUUGUUCCUUGCAGGGAGAGAACAGCAAAUUUUAUGCAGUGGAUGCAGUGUCUUGCUGUUUUUGGCCUUUGCUUAGAGAAGGCAAGAUCAUUUCAUUCGAUUAAAGGGAGAGCUAUUGAACCUUCUGAACUACUGCAAGCUCUGUUGCUUCCAGCGGCAAAACAUUCUCAUUUGGAUGUGCAGAGGAUUGCAAUUAGGUGCCUUGGGCUUUUUGGGUUGUUAGAGAAAAGGCCAAGUGAGGAACUAGUAAAGCAGUUAAAAGUUUCUUUUGUUAAGGGCCCUGGUCCAAUCAGCAUAGUGGCUUGUAAGGCAUUGUUUGAUCUUGCAAUGUGGCAUCAGCCUCAGGAAGCUGAUUGGGGUAUGGUCCAGAACAUGUCAUCACAAAUCAAAGAUUAUGAGAUGAAUUAUUGCCCCUUAGACAUUUCUGAUAUGGAUGCGAACUCGAAUCCUAGAUUGUUUGAUCUACUCUAUGCUGGACUUAUUAAGGAUGAUUGGGACAAUUCAUUAGAAAGUGAAGACAAUGACUCUGUUCAAGGUGCUCUUGGGGAGGGUUUUGCAAAACUUCUUCUUUUAAGUGAGAAUUACCAAUGCAUACCUGCUUGUUUAAAGCCUUUGCUUUUAUCCAAGCUCAUCAUAUUGUACUUCAGCAAUGAAUCUAAGGAAUUGCACAGGUGUAAACAGUGCUUAUCAGUUUUCUUCGAGCAUUACCCUUGCCUCUCGGCCAAUCACAAGAAGUGUAUAUCCAAGGCUUUCAUUUGGGUCAUGCGUUCUAUGUGGCCUGGUAUCAAUGGCAAUGCUGGAGGUUCUGCGUCUGUGGUGUCUAAUAUGCGUAAACGUGCAGUCCAAGUAUCACGUUUCAUGCUUCAGAUGAUGCAAUCUCCUCCAUAUGAAAAGGAGACUGAAGAUGAAAGAAACACUAAGGACCAACCAGAAGUUAUAGAUGGUACCGUGGAACCUCCGAUAGAGAGUGGCGAGGAAGGGCUUGCAAUACGCAUAGCCACAGAGGUGGCAGCAUUCCCUGCAAAGAAGACUCCUGCAGAGAGGUCAUAUGUGUCAGCACUAGGUAAAAUACUUGUUUUACUCCAAUUUCGGUCAUCAGAGCAAGAAGCAAUCCAGUUAAUGAGGAGGCUCUUAGUUCGUGUAGCUGAAUCUGUACUGGCAGAGAAAGAUCUUGCAAAGGAGAUAAAGCAGAUGGCUGACCGCCUCACGGCAUUAGAUAAACAUCCUGAUUUGGAAAUGUCACAAGAUCAAGCUAAUCUUAUUUUUGGAAGGUUAGAAUUAGACUUCAACUUGGAGUCCAACAUAUCUGCUGCAAUGCCGCAAACUCCAGCUCCAUGCUCAAGCAGACCAACACGUACUAGAAGACGAGCCAGGCACAAGGAAGAAUCUUCUGAUGAAGACAGUUCCCCAACCUCUGUCGUUCCUAAUAGUGUUGGACCUAUGAGCUCUCGUUCAGAGAGAGCAAGCAAGACUGCUGCACUGGCCAAGAUGACGACUUCCAUUAGAGCCCUCACAAUUGAGGAAGAUAAUGAAGAGGAAGAAAAUUCAGGCGUGACAUCUGAUGACGAUGCUAAUGUCUCUGAUUAGUUUCCUUAAAUUGUGUUGGUUUGGAAUGUUCGAUUUAUACACUGAUGCAAUGAUCAUUGCUUGAACGGUAUCACUUGUUUGCGGGAUUUUGUACAGAUGUGUGUUCGCGUCAGACUUAGUAGAUGUAUGUUAGAUUGUCUGCACCCAGAUUGGUUUUAAGCUUUUACCUACUGUUGUUUACCAUAUGACGAAUGAAGCUCAUGAUAGUGUGUUGCUUGUAGCUUUCAAAUGUAGUUGGCUAAGAAAGCUUAGAG